AUGGGUCGAACACUCCAGCGCCUUGUGAGCGGCGCUUUGAGCUUGAUGCUGACGUCGUGUAGCGCCACGGAUGCCCCCAUUAUUGGGGUCCUGUCGGUUCCCGCGGAUGGAGGUUGCGAGACAGCUAUGACCGCUAUGACCAUGGCUGGCACUGUGUCGUGCUUCGCGUCGCUGUACUCGAAAUUCAUUGAGGCGGCAGGUGGACGUGUGGUGCCACUUCUGUACGAUUGGAGCGACAGUGAGUUGGCGGAAGCCUUUGAUGCGGUGAACGGCAUCCUUUUCACAGGAGGAGGGGUGGAUAUUGCCAGGCAAUCCAAUGCCGAAGCCAAGCAGUACCUCCACGCAGCAUCGGUGCUGUUCAAUCUGACCUUGACAUCCAGUGACUGGGUGCCCUUGUGGGGGACCUGCCUAGGCUUGCAAACCCUUUCCGUGCUGGGGGCAGGUACUGGGCGGGUGCUCCAGACCUACGCCUACGAUUCCGAAGACCUGUCCCUUCCGUUAGACCUCACCGCCGCGGCGCAGCGCUCCCGGCUGCUGGGACAGGCCUUUCCCGCGCAGCUGAAGCGUUGGAUCACCGAGGAGAACCUGACCACAAACCUGCACCAUGAUGGAGUUGCACCUGAGGAAUUUGAGAAAAACAGCCAGUUGAAGCAGAUCUUUCAGGUCUUGUCCACCAACCAGGAUAGGAAGGGCAAGAGCUUUGUCUCGGUCAUUGAAGGCCGAGAGCGACCCAUCUUUGGGGUGCAGUUCCACCCGGAGAGGCCGUUGUUUUCCUGGGCACCUGAGGAGGGUAUCAAUCACGGCCCGCAUGCGAUUGAAGUGAUGCAAUACUUCGCCAACUUUUUCCUCUCACAGGCGCGAAUGAACUCACACCAGUUCAAGACAAAGAAGGAGGAAGAUGCUGCACUCAUCUACAACUACCAGGCGGUGGGCCACUCGAGUUACCAAUGCUACACCUUCCGGAAAGCCGGAAAAGCACUAGCCUCGGAAGCGAUGCUUGUCUAA